AUGGCGUGCAGCCACCGUGACACCGGCUACCGCAGCCUGGGGGUCGACGAGGACGAGGAAAAACUGAAUAAUGCGGAGCCUACCUUGACCUUGGAGACUGUAACCGGAGGAGAGAAGGAGGUUACGCUGUCCGAACCUGAGUCCGGAGAAGCAGCAGCAGCAGCAGCAGCAGACUACUUUGAUGCGGUCGGUUCCAACCUCUUGGACGAAAACUGCGAGGACGGCGACGGCGGUCUUGAGCCCCCGCAGCAGGAGGAGGAGCUGCCCCCCCCGGCCGCUGAGGGGCCACAGAUCGUACCGAGAAAUCGGCGCCGCUGCCGUACGACGUUCACCAAAUUGCAGCUGCGGGAGCUGGAGAAGGCUUUCCAGCGCACUCAUUACCCCGACGUGUUCGCGCGAGAGGAGAUUGCAGGACGCUUGAAUUUGCCUGAAACCAGAGUGCAGGUUUGGUUUCAGAACAGAAGGGCCAAGUGGAGAAGACAACAGAGGGCACUGAUGUUCAGAAAUCUGCCCCCCAUUGCCGUGGGCCCCCAUAUGGGGAUAAUCUUUGAUGGGCCCUAUCAGGCAGUCGCUGUUAUGGAGCCUCCAUGGAGAUGUGUUCCUGCAGUGCCACGGCCAGUCAUUCCACUCGCACCACCUGUGCUACCCGGGCCACCACCUCUGCCACUUGGGCCACCACCUCUGCCACCCGGGCCACCCGGGAUGCCUUUGCCACCCCCACCACCUGUGCCUCCAUUUGCUGUGGCCCCUGUAGGUAUGGCAUGGGGCCGUGUCAUCAACGGUCAUUUCGCAGGUCCCAUUUUCUGA